ACUUUUCUGGAGAAUGUCAAUGCUUGGGUGUAGAGUAUAGCAUACUAGUUACCGCCCCGACACAUUUUAGAUUAUUUUGCAUGGUUCCUUGGUUGGUCUAUCUCGGUACCUCGAUAGCAUAGCUAAUUUCUGAUCACGACAAUGGCCCGAGUUAUGAAAGUGUUACGGACUUUACGAAAUCACUGGAAGAAGUCCACAUUUGCUGUGUGUGUCUUGUCCUACGGUGGUCAUUGGUUGUACGGAAAGCACUGUGACAACGUGUUGCGAAAAGAGGCAUGUCAGGAAGCCAGGGAAUUUGGCCGGAAAUUAAUUGGGCCUCAGGAGGAAGUUAAGAAGGCCACAGUAAUCCUGAAUCCUGCAGCAAGCAGAGGAAAAGCCAACAGUCUUUUUGAGAAGAACGCAGCCCCCAUUUUACACCUUGCUGGGGUGGAGAUCAAAGUCGUAAAGACAGAUUAUGAAGGCCAGGCAAAAAAGCUAAUGGAACUUAUGGAACAGACAGACAUGUUGAUUGUUGCUGGGGGUGAUGGAACAUUACAGGAGGUGAUAACCGGCUUGCUAAGAAGAACUGAUGAGGAAGCUUUCAGUAAAACUCCCAUAGGGUUUAUUCCACUGGGCUCUCAUAACUCACUCAGCCAAAGCCUGCAUCUAGUCACUGACAAUAGAGUAAAAUGCAUCACUUCAGCCACGCUGUCCAUUCUGAAAGGGGAGACACUGCCACUGGAUGUCCUACAGAUAAAGGGUGACAAGGAGCAACCUGUCUUUGCACUCUUGGGUUUACGCUGGGGUUCAUUCCGUGAUGUUGCAUCAUCCAUCAGCAAAUAUUGGUACCUUGGUCCUUUGAAAACUCAAGCUGCGCAUUGGUUUAGUACACUAUGGGAGUGGCCACAGACCCGUCAUGCUUCACUCGCAUAUCUGCCUCCUGUUCCUCGACCUCCAGACCUACCUGCUGAGAAGCUCUCAAGACCCAACUUGCUUUACCGCAUUUAUCGCAGGCUUCAAAACUACUGGAACCCUCCUGUAGAAGAGCCUCCUGCAGACGAGGAACCAGCACACUGGGAAGAAAAGCAGAUCUCCACCCUGGAACUCACAAUAUACACACACAACAGGAACCCUGUAAAAAGACGUCCAGACGAUUCUCUGGUGCUGUCUGUAGAACCAGACACAGUUGGGAUUGGCCAGUUCAUCAGAGAUGGGACUAAGAAAGCUGAAGAACCACUGGUAUGCACAGACAACGCAGUUCAGACAGAGGCCAGUGUGUGCCAUCUCAAUUUGCCCCGUGAGGGUGCUGGCUUUUAUGACAUCGACAAUGAAGAAUUUGAAGCCAUGCCAGUGGAAGUGAGGCUGUUGCCACGGAAACUGAGGUUCUUUUGCAGCAAAGAGCGCAAAGAAGAGCUGGCUCAUGCAAAUUGAAGACAGUGCUUACCAUCACGUAUGUAAGGGAGAAAACCCACUGGGGCCCUGGUUACUACCUUAAUUUCUCUGUUAAGAUGCUAAUUCCAGACCAUCACAGCUUUAUUAUGAUCUCUCAAAUGAGCUUUUCAAUGAUGCUAUUAAUACUUGUCCAGAAUGCUGAAUAGCUUAUUCUAUAGAAAGCAAAAUCAUCAGUGUAUGUAUGAGUACACAAGUACCUGCCAGGCCCGUCAAAACAGAGCACCACAGCAGGCAUCCCAUCAUGUCAGUGGUUUAUAUGAGGCUUCUGAGGAAGUUGCUGUGGAGGAAGGGAGGAAGCACCACUUUGAAACUGCGUACACCCAUUAAAAAAAAGACCACUUUCUUUUUUCCUUUACAGUGAAAAUGUACUACAUGCUGUCUAACUUGCCAUAUUAAAACAUCUGCCCACAACACAUAAGAAAUGUAGUC